AUGAACGCAGUGCGCUCGCCGUACACUCGCACAGCAUGGUACAAUACUGCCGUGCGGAUGGAGGUUGGGAAGGACCAUGUCUUUAGCCAACUCGAUGAGGUGCAGCACACGAAGCGGCGCCAACAGAUGGCGUCUGCGUACUCAGGCAAAGAGAAUGUGUCCCUGGAAUCUGACAUCGACGAACACAUACAGCAGCUUCUGGAAUUGAUCAGAUCAAAGUAUCUUUCGACUGCUACGCGGCACGAGCCCGUAGAUCUCGCCAGUAAGAUUCAGUAUCUUACCCUCGACGUGAUCAGCAAAAUCGGCUUCGGUAAAGCGUUUGGGGACAUCAAAGCCGAUGCUGACCUCGACAAUUAUAUAAGCGCUGGUCGAGUCGGGUUGGCAAUUAUGGUCUUCACCGGGGCCCUUGGACUGACACCUUACUUCCAUUGGCCACCCAUCGCGCGUAUGCUCGGGCCCUCAGACAAGGACAAGAGUGGUUAUGGAAAGAUGAGAACGGUAGCUCGGGAACUCAUUGAUUCGCGUCUAGAGAAGCCCACCAAUAGUCGCUCGGACAUGCUUUCGUCGUUCAUACGCCACGGAUUGACACGCGACGAUAUCGUGACUGAAUCGAUGCUCACGAUUCUAGCAGGGUCUGACACGACUGCGACUGCUAUACGUGGAACGAUGCUCUAUCUGAUGACCAGCCAUAGGGCGUACAAAAAGCUGCAGGCCGAGAUUGACGCUGCCGUUACUUCAGGUCAUGCUGCUAGCUCGACCGGUAUCGUGUCUGACGAGACGAUGAAGAGCCUGCCAUACCUACAAGCCGUAAUGCGUGAAGGGCUUCGAAUUCAUCCACCUGUCACUGAUAUCGCUCCGAAGAAGGUACCCGUCGAAGGCGACACUGUCACAGUCAACGGAAAAGCGUAUUUCCUUCCUGGUGGUGCUAACAUUGGGUAUAACGUAAUGGGUCUUAAUCGGAACAAGGAGAUAUUUGGUGAAGAUGUCGACUGCUUCAGACCGGAACGUUGGCUACUCGAUGAGCACGACGAAAUCCAGCUUGAGCGCUUGAACGCUAUGCGCCGUACUACAGACAUGAUUUUCGGGUAUGGCAAGUACCAGUGUCUCGGGAAGCCUAUAGCAUGGUUGGAGAUGAGAAAGGUUAUCUUCGAGUUCCUACGACAUUUCGACUGGUCUCUUGCAAACCCAGAGAAACCGAACGACGCUUCCGUACAGCCUCAUGGAGAGGCUUCAGAUGGCAACUGUUAUCCUUCCGCCAUGAAGCUUCGAAAAUCCUGGUUGGCCGCGGUGUGCUUCGCCACUCCCGUUCUCGCAUCAUCACCAAUCGUUCAUUCGCAGGCUGGCAUAUACCAAGGACGUUUCCUGCAGGAAUUCGACCAAGACCUAUUCCUAGGUGUCAAGUAUGCUCCAAAGCCAGUGCGAUUCGCUCCCGCUCAAUUAGCACCGGAUUCGCCUACAAGAUACCACAAUGCCACGCAGUACGGUGUUGACUGCACAGGAUAUGGUGGAGACACAACCACCCUUGUUAAUGCAAAUUGGACAAAACUGGGAGAGGACUGUCUACACCUGAACAUCGUCAAGCCAAGGACAAACGAGACAAAUCUCCCGAUAUUGCUAUGGAUCUACGGAGGAGGAUGGCAGCAGGGUGCUACUAGUGAUCCAAGAUACAACAUGAGCUACAUUGUUCAGCAAUCAGUGCUCAACAACAAGCCCGUCAUCGGCAUCUCGAUCAAUUACCGCAUGGCUGCAUUUGGCUUCUUGUACAGUGAAGAAGUUGAGGCCGCUGGGGCACAGAAUCUAGGACUUCGCGAUCAACGACUCGCGAUGCGGUGGGUCAACAAGCAUAUAUCAGCUUUCGGUGGUGAUCCUAAAAAGGUCACAAUCUGGGGUGAAUCAGCGGGCGCAUACUCGGUUGGUGACCACAUAGCUGCAUACAAUGGCGAUAACGAGGGCCUAUUUCGCGCGGCUAUUCUGGAAAGCGGUAAUGCUGUUGGUGCGCCACUCAAUGGCACCGACUGGUACCAGCACAUGUACGACAACCUGACCGAGUCGGUAGGCUGCUCAGGUGCCGAAGAUACGCUCCAGUGUCUUCGUGACGUACCCUACGAGACCAUCGCACCAUAUGGCUACCAAGGCCUUGAAUGGUUCCACGUCAUAGAUGGCAGCCUGAUACCUCGAUAUGGCCAACAAUCGUUGCGAGAAGGCAAAUUUGCGAAAGUUCCGCUUAUUCUCGGCACCAACACCGACGAAGGCUUUGGUGUGAACGGGGUGAACAGCGACUCUGACGCUAUCAAUCAACUCGUACACUCUAAACGUUGGAACGUCAAUGCGACUGUCGCGGAGAAACUUCUCGAGCUGUAUCCGAACGACCCUACACUCGGCGAGCCGUACGGAUGGGGCAAUCGCACAUGGCCACAGUAUGGUCUGCAGUACAAAAGGUACCAGAGUAUCGCGACAGAUCUGACAAUGUAUGCUCCUCGGAGGUUGCUCGCGCAAAGUAUGAGUGAGCACGUCGAUAGGGUGUACUCGUAUCGAUGGGAUGCACCGAAGUUCAACAACACGCCGGAAACAAUUGGCGUUAAUCACUUCUCUGAGAUACCCUUCGUCUUUGGGAACCCAGAACAGCAGCUUACCCCAUUGGGCAACAGCUCCGAAAACAUUGCAUUGUCAAAGCUUGUCAUGCGCAUGUGGACUUCUUUCGCGUACGAUCUUGAUCCUAAUGGUCAUGGAGUAUUACAAGCUCCCGAAUGGCCGAGCUAUGCCACCAACGCGACCAACUUUGUCUUCCGAAAAGACCAAAGCUAUAUCGAGGAUGACGACGACAGAGCCGAAGGAGUUGCAUACAUCAAUAGCCUAGUGCGAUGA